AUGUCUGCCAACAUGUCCGCCAUUACUGCCAAGGAUGCCUGCCCUCCUGCCGGCCCCUACUCCCAGGCUAUCCGCGCCAACGGCCAGAUCUUCGUCUCCGGCCAAAUUCCCGCCGACUCCACCGGCACCCUGGUCCAGGGUAACAUUGGCGAGCUCACCCAGGCUUGCUGCAACAACAUCGAUGCCAUCCUCAAGGCCGCCGGUUCUGAAGUGUCCAAGAUUGUCAAGGUCAAUGUCUUUUUGACGGAUAUGGCCAACUUUGCCGAGAUGAAUGCGACCUAUGAGAAGUUCUUUGUGCACAAGCCUGCUCGUAGCUGUGUUGCGGUGCACCAGCUGCCCAAGGGCGUGCCGGUUGAGAUUGAGUGUAUUGCGUUGGAGUAA